AUGUCGUCUGUACCCCCUCAAACGCCACGAACUGGCCGUGCGCAGAAACGGCGACGGUCACCUGAGCGGGACGACGCGCUCGACUCGUCGCCUCUCGGUCGCCCACCCGCGACGCGUCGCGACGGCUCCGAACACUCUUCUCUUCCGCCCUCAUCGCCCGUGCCUUUCUCCGAUACGGAUGACAGUCUUGAUGAGCGCGAAGCUGUGCCGGAUGCCGAAGACGAUGAGGUGGAGGAAGAAGACGGCGACGGCGAAGAUCUAUUCGGGGAUGGCAUGCGAGAUGACUACGCGCCGAACGAGCUACUUGACCGAUAUGAUAUUGCGGACAUCAACGACGAAGAAGACUUUGGCGACAUGUCCGUCGCCCAAAGACGCGCCGCCGAGCGUGCGAUGGCAGAACGUGACCGACGCGAUGCGCGCGGUGGGCGACGAGGACAGCGUGCGGCGGCAAGGUCACGAGCACCCGACUUCUUGCAGGACGAUGACGAGGAUGACGGUCUGGACUUCGGUGGCGAUCUGCUUUCCGGUAUGCGGCCCCGUGCGCGUCGCGACUACGACGAGAGAAGGAAUGUGGACGACAUGGAGGGCGUCGAAGAUGAGGACAUGCCAGAAGAGCAGCUAGGCGAUAUCAAGGCCAAGUCGAUCGUCGAGUGGGUAGCCAACGACAAGGUUCGGAGGACGAUCGUCAAGCAGUUCAGCAAUUUCCUCAAGACCUACGUCGACGAUAACGGCGCGUCUGUUUACGGUCAACGCGUACGAGCGCUGGGAGAAGCCAACGGCGAAUCACUCGAGGUCUCAUAUCUGCAUCUAGCAAACUCCAAGCCCAUCCUCGCGUACUUCCUCACGAAUGCCCCCACUGCUCUUCUUGAGAUCUUUGACGACGUAGCGAUGGACGCAGUCCUCAUCUACUACCCCAACUAUCUCCGCGUCAAAUCCGAGAUCCACGUCCGCAUCUCCGAGAUCCCAUUGACAGUCUCUCUCCGCGAUCUGCGUCGCACACAGCUCAACCAGCUUGUACGCGUGAGCGGCGUCGUCACCAGGCGCAGUGGCGUGUUCCCGCAGUUGAAGUAUGUAAAGUUCGACUGCAAGAAGUGCGGCGCUGUGCUCGGGCCGUUCUAUCAAGACGCCACGCGCGAGGUCAAGGUCAGCUACUGUGCAAACUGCGAAAGCAAGGGCCCUUUCUCUGUCAACUCGGAGCAGACCGUCUACAGGAACUACCAGAAGAUGACCUUGCAAGAGUCGCCCGGAUCUGUCCCUCCUGGUCGUCUGCCGCGGCACCGCGAGGUCGUUCUCGUUUGGGACUUGAUCGACUCCGCAAAGCCCGGUGAAGAGAUCGAAGUCACAGGCAUUUACCGCAACAACUUCGAUGCCUCGCUCAACUCCAAGAAUGGCUUCCCGGUAUUCUCCACCGUUCUCGAAGCGAACCAUAUCAACAAGAAAGAAGACCUCUUCGCCUCCUUCCGUCUCACUGAAGAGGAUGAAAAGGAGAUCCGGGCUCUGGCGCGGGACGAACGCGUGCGCAAGCGCAUCAUCAAGAGUAUCGCGCCGAGUAUCUACGGGCACGAGGAUAUCAAGACCGCUAUUGCUGUGAGUCUAUUCGGUGGCGUCGCGAAGGACAUCAACCGCAAGCUGCGCAUCCGUGGAGAUAUCAACGUGCUCUUGCUCGGCGAUCCCGGUACAGCGAAGAGUCAGUUCUUGAAGUACGUCGAGAAGACCGCCCAUCGCUCCGUCUUUGCCACUGGUCAAGGCGCCUCGGCCGUCGGUCUCACGGCGUCUGUACGCAAGGACCCUAUCACGCGCGAAUGGACGCUCGAGGGCGGCGCGCUGGUUCUGGCCGACAAGGGCACUUGUCUGAUUGACGAGUUCGACAAGAUGAACGAUGCGGACCGUACAUCCAUCCACGAAGCCAUGGAACAGCAAUCCAUAUCCAUAUCCAAAGCUGGAAUCGUUACCACGCUCCAAGCGCGCUGCUCCGUUGUCGCCGCGGCCAAUCCAAUUCGCGGGCGCUACAACCCCACCAUCCCGUUUAGCCAGAACGUCGAGCUUACCGAGCCGAUUCUGAGUCGAUUCGAUGUGCUUUGUGUCGUCAAGGACAAUGCGGAUCCGGUGCAGGAUGAGCUGUUGGCAAGGUUCGUGGUGGGGAGUCAUUAUAGGAGUCAUCCGAGCUUUGAUGGGGAGAAGGAGGAGAUGGAUGUGCAGACGACACUCGAUGCCGACCUCAUCCCUCAAGACCUGCUCCGCAAGUACAUCAUGUACGCCCGCGAGAAAGUUCGGCCGAAGCUAUACGAGCUCGACCAAGAGAAGCUCGCCCGUCUCUUCGCCGACCUGCGCCGCGAGUCCCUCGCCACAGGCUCUUCACCCAUUACCGUGCGUCACCUGGAAGGGAUGAUCCGUAUGGCAGAAGCGAGCGCCAAGAUGCAUCUCCGCGAGUACGUCCGGGCAGACGAUAUCGAUCUGGCGAUCUCGGUGGCCGUGGACAGCUUCAUUAGUACGCAGAAGUUGAGCAUCAAGCGGACGUUGCAGAGGGGCUUCAGGAAGUACCUCACGCAGGCGAAGGAUCACGAGGAGCUCCUCGCGUUCAUCCUGGGCCAACUCGUCAAGGAGAAGGCUCGAACGUACCAGCUCAUGAGGCAUCAACAACCCGAUCGCGUCACGGUGAAAGUCUCCGAGCUCGACGAGCGCGCGAAGGAGCACGACAUCUUCGACACGUCGCCGUUCUUGCGUUCGAGGUUGUUUCAUGCUAAUGGAUACAAGCUGAACGACGACGGAGAUGUGGUUGAGAAGGUGUUUGGACAUAGUCAGGAGUAG